CUUCUCAAGGCGUAGAUGGGCAUACUAGAGUAUUGAGUGAUGGAACUGAGACUGGGGUUUGCAGGUCGUGUAGAUUGAACAACGAGAAGGAGAGGAAGGAGGCAAAAAAGAAGAGGAGUACGAAGGUAGAUGGUGGUAGCAAGGUAACUGGAGAGGGUGGUGGAGUUGAAAGUGAAGGCGGAGCUAUGGUUGCAGGGAAAAGGAACGUUAGGGUCAAGAAGAAGUAUGUCAAUGUAGAUGGAGGUAGAAUGGGAAGUAAAGAUGACUGGGAGGUGGGGAGGCCGCCCAAGACGAUUAAGCAGUACUAGAAAGAUUUGAAAAUGCUUACGGAGAGUGCUGGAAGGGAUAGAGGAAGAGUAAUGAGUUGUUGAUGGGGGUUAAUGUGAAGCGAUAGUUUGGUAGCUGGUAGAGAGGUGACUAACGGUCCAAUAUGUAAGCCUUCUCGUUGAUCAGCCGAGCAUGAAACCAUGGUCGACGCCCUCGCUUUUCGAAUAUAUUUUCCAUUUCAACUUAAAGAUAAACACGCAUCACAGCAAGCUUCCCAUUAUCUUACAUUGGAACUUACAAAUACCACAGCAACAUCGCCCCAAGACAAUUCUGCGAGACCACUUUGCAAGCAUGUCCAGCAUAUCACUCGAACCACUGUGUCCAAAGCGCCCACAAGCAAUCCAAAUAGAUCUCACCAUGACGCAAGAGCUCCUCCGCGUCUUGUCUCGCGGUGGAAACGGUCAUCCUCUCCACCACGACUCCCUCUACCAAUCGAUCUAUCUAUCCAGCGCUUGCGCCUCACCCGUUCCCGACGGUUGCCCAGUUCUCCAAGCUCACGCACUCGCCCCUCUCUUUCUCAGCCUCAAGCAGAGAUUCGAAGUACAAGCCAGGCACUACCGAACUUGGAGGAUGCUGGUAGCCAAUGGCCUUGCAACCGAAGAAGCGAUUCACCUUGCGAUUCAUGAAAGCAGUUCGGUGAACAAAUCUGCGGUUUGGAGGUUGAUUGAUAGGCUUUCUGGUUUUCCAGCGUUCACGGCCGUGGAUAUAUUGGAGGUGGGAGGGUUCAAGUGUCGAUGCUGGAACUGCUCUGGAUUGGCAUUGGCAUUGGAACAAGAAAGGGGGGAUGUGUUUGUGCAGCCGGGGUACUGGUUUGCGGCGGUUGUACUCAGGUCAGAAUGUGAUGUUGACAGUGUGAUAGAAGCGCUGAAGACGUGGGAUGAGGCGCAUAUGCGCUAUGUGCCUGAUGAGAAGUUGAAUGAGGAGGGCGUAUAUGUUGAGAAGGUCAAAAAAGAGGAAGACACCCUUGAAAGAGGAAGUAUAGGUAUACUGUUCCGUGAGGAGAUAGAAGAGGCAGAGGAAUAGGAAGACAACGGUGUUGAGCAUACUGAAGAUAUCGAUGAGUUAUCUCGACUGCAAAUCGAAAUCGA